AACACAGAAACGACAGAUAGGUCAUCGAACGGAGUUGUUAUCAGAAUCAGAUGCCUUAUUAAAUUAUUAACUGAGCUCAAUUAAAUUAAACAUAAAUACUUUACAAUGACGCUCUACCACUUUGGAAAUUGCCUUGCACUCGUGUAUGCACCGUACCACAUGGCAUACAAGUUCUCUGGAAUAUCGGAAUACGCUACGUUCUCAAAAUGUGUUUACGCGGGAGGCCUGUAUAUCUUCACACAGCUGUGCAAGAUGCUGUUGCUGGCUACAUUCUUCCCCGAUAGCGACAGUAAUCAUAUCACUGGAGAAUACAAUGUGUUUCUGGAAAUUUUGAAAGCUACAGUAGACUUUGCAGACCUUCUGGGAAUUUACUUUGCCCUGAAUUCAGUGCCUGGAAAAGGCCAUGCAAAGAUCCUCACAUCUGCUAUAGGAUGGGCAAGUGCAGAGGUGGUGGUGACGCGCAGCGUGAUGCUGUGGGUGGGCGCGCGCGGCUCGGAGUUCUCGUGGCGCUACGUGCGCGCCUGCGCCGAGUCCAACGUGGCGCUGCUGCACACCGCCGCCUCCGCCGCGCUCGUGUGGCUCAGCACGCGCAGCGACCUGCCGCGCCGCCACGCGCCGCUCGUGCUGGCGCUGCUGGCGCUGUCGCCCUACCGCGGCCUGCUGGAGGACGCCGCCGCCGCGCUGCUGGCGCUCAGCCCCUGGGCGCUGCUGGCGCUGCGCGCGCUGCACGCCGCCGCGCUCGGCCUCACCUCGCUGGCCCUCUAUGCGGUUCUGGCGCAGCAGAUUGGAAUAUGAAUAUUUCAGCACCUCUGUUUGUCUUGUGAUUUUAAGUUAUUAUUCCUAUAUUAAGCGUUAGAAAACGAAUGCAAUCAGUUUAAUAGAUAAUAUUAUGAGUAAAUGUUACUUUUAUUUUAAAA